CAAAAUAUGAAUGCAAUGAAUGUUAUGAAUAAUAAACUAUAAUUUUUAACAAUUAUGGUACUGCUCAUUCCUCUGGGGCAAUAAUUGGCUAGCAUAAUAAAGAAUAUAACAGGUUUAUUAGAAAGAACGACGAGGCUAUGCCUUUAAAAUAGAUUUUUAUUAUCGCAUCUAAUACGCAUCAUAAUUUGAUUCUUCUAUCUUCAUUCGCUAAACGUCCCACUAAAGAUUAAGACAUAUUCUCCGUAUUUCUCUUUGAGAAUAUACACCUUGAUACUGAACAUAUUGGUAUUAUACACUUCAUAGAAUGUUAAUCAAUUUAAUGUGAUUUAAUAUUCUUGAAAAUAAUGGAAGAGAAGUUAAUUAAGAAAAGUAAUCGUAAACAGAAAAGAGCUUACCAUAGGCUUUUUAAAGAUAUGAAUAUUAAAUGCUGUGAUAAUGUAACAAAAAAUGUAAUGAUUUGUAAUGGUGGUUUAGUAACUGGACUUCAAAGGGAAACAUUACAAAGUAUUGUAGAUCCAUUGAUCAGUAAAUAUGACUUAGUAAUGAUACCAAACAAAUCAUAUUGUUUUAUCAAAUGUUAUUCUAAUAAAGAUGCUGAACAUAUAUAUAAUCAAAUUCAUGGUUGUGUUAAACUUAAAGAACAAAGUACACCAUUGUAUGCAUCAUUUACAGAAUCAGUUCCCAAUAUAGAUUACCAUCAAUUAUCUUCUGAUCUUCCUUCUGGGCUUAGGCUAAUAGAAAAUAUUAUAACUAAAGAAGAAGAAGAGGCUUUGUUAAAAUCAAUUAAUUGGAGUGAUGAGGCAUCAAAAUCAUCUGAGUUAAAACAUAGAAAAGUUAAACAUUUUGGAUAUGAAUUUCAAUAUGAUUCGAAUACAGUAGAUCCUCAUGAAUCAAUUUCACCUAUUCCUGAAAUCUAUAAAUUUUUGCAAGUAUUAUUCAAAAAGUAUGAUGUACUGUAUGAUUAUGAUCAAUUAACAAUUAAUCGCUACCUACCUGGUCAAGGAAUUCCAUCACACAUUGACACACAUAGUAUUUUUGAAGAUACUAUAUUAUCUUUGUCAUUGGGUUCAGCAUGUAUCAUGGAUUUUAAACGAGAAGAUAAAAGAGUUGCUAUUCUUUUACCGCCUCGUUCAUUGUUAAUUAUGUCAGGGGAAGCUCGAUAUGCAUGGUCACAUGGAAUUUGUCCAAGACACAAUGAUGUAGUAGAGACUGUAAAUGGAAUUACAACGCAGCCACGAGGUACAAGGGUAUCGUUUACAUUCAGAAAAGUGAGGAGUGGUGAUUGCUAUUGCACUUUUCCAGAAUAUUGUGACACAAAAAAAACUUGUACCGAUACUCUUAUUGAUAAUAAAGUGGCCACAGGAAUAGAAAAUUCUUAUGUCCAUGAAGUUUAUGAAAAGAUUUCAAGUCAUUUUGAUGAAACAAGACAUAAACAGUGGCCGAAUGUGUCAAAAUUUCUUCAGUCACUAAGUCCAGGUGAUAUUCUCUUAGACGUAGGUUGUGGAAAUGGCAAAUAUCUCCAUGAACAAAAACAUAUAUUUAAGAUUGGAUGUGAUAGAAGUCAGAAUUUAAUGAAGAUAUGUCACAGUAAAAAUUUUGAAGUAUUUUUAUCCGAUUGUUUAUACUUACCAUAUAAAAGCAAUAGUUUAGAUGCAGCGAUAAGUAUAGCGGUAAUUCAUCAUCUUUCAACUCAUGAAAGAAGAAAGCAAGCAAUUUCUGAAUUAGCACGAGUUCUUAAACCAAAUGGAAAAUGUUUAAUUUAUGUAUGGGCGAAAGAGCAAGAAAAGGAUUCCACUCGAUCAGCUUAUUUAAAAUACAAUAUAACCACAAAAGAAAACGAACCUGCGUGUAAACAAAAAUUGACAGAAUAUGGUGUAACACUACCAGUACACGAAAAUCGCACAAAAUUUGUGUCUACUGAUAUGCUUGUUCCUUGGAAAAGAAAGGGAGGAGGAGAUUUCCUCAGAUAUUAUCAUGUAUUCGAAGAAAAUGAAUUAGCACAAUUAUGUUCAGAAGUAUUUGCCUUUACAAUAAAAAAUACAUACUAUGAUCAAGGGAAUUGGUGUGUACUUUUACAAAAAAAAUGAAAUAAAUUAAUUAAAAUAAAAUUUAAGAAUAAAUCCCACGUGUUUCUUAAUAUCCCAAUUCAUGUCCACGAUAUAUAUAUAAAAGAAUUGCAAAUCAUAUUGCAUACUGAUUAAAAUCACAAAAUUAAUUAAAAAGUGAAAUAGGAAUACAAGAAUGCUUUAAAUGUUUUUACCUUUAUUGGAAAAAGAACAAAAUACAUGGAAUAUGUGUACUAUACAGGGUUUUAGAUAUAAAUAAUCCCUGAUAUCUAGUUUUUUUCGUUAUAAACAUGAAUAAUGCAUUAGUAGACAAGACAAGUGCACUGUACAAAGCUCACUCUGCUUGACUUUUACUUGCUAUUGUGCUUCAAUUGUAUAACAUAUUUAAUAGCAAUAUAGAUUAUCAUUAUCAUCAUCAUUAAUAAUAAUAUUAUUAUUAUCGUCGGCAUUAUAGUUUUCAAUAUUAUUACUAUUGAUAUUAAUGUAAUUAUUUGUAUUAGGUAUCAUUUGUAAAUAUAUUAGCACACCUUAUUCGCACAAAAAUAGUGUCUCCAAUUAUAAAAUUAAUACAGGAUGAUAAUUGUUUUCAAAUGCUAUUUUCCAGAAUUGCAACCAAAUUUUAUAUUGAGUGUAAUUUUUUUUUAGAUGUUAAUGUCAAUAGUGUACAUAAUAUAUACAACGAUUGACAAUACUAAACUAUUAGUAAAAUUGUUAUGUAUUUUCAAUUGGCGAGUGCUUGACUUAGGACAAAGUAUACUGUCCUCUCUUCCUUAAUAUAUUCAAAAACUUACACAGG